CAACAAUCACUUGCACCACUCGCCCUCUCGCUCUCGGGCACCCAAUGGCCAGAUAGCACGAGGCGGGGGAGUAUAUCAUGUUCAAUCUCAUCGCCGUGCGGGACACGGUCCCCGUCGCACCUAAAACCUUUGGCAUCGACCCAGCGAUCACCAUCCAGGAUGCGCUCAACAAGAAAUUUGCCAACCGCCUGAUCCCGGAGCGCGGCCUCGCGCUCUCAGUCUUUGACAUCCUCACGGCCGAGGACGGCAGCGUGACCUGGGGCAAUGGACAGAUGUUCUACAAGGGUGGGAAGGAGAUUGGGGGGAUAAUCCUCUUUGCACCGUUCGUCGGAGAGGUCAUCUUAGGCAAGGUGCACUCGACGACGCCAGAGUACAUCAGGGUGUCCCUUGGCUUCUUCCAGGACGUCUACAUCCCACCAACAUUGCUCCCUCCUGGAUCGGCAUACGACGACAAUGAGAAGAGAUUCUUCUGGUACCCUGGCGACGACGCAAACCAGAUGGACGAGGCGCAGCUCCUGAACACGAUCAAGGCUGAACGCUUCUACUACGACCCCGGAGAGCCGAUCCGCUUCCGUGUCGACUCGAUCGAGUGGCACGAGAACGAGCCUGGACCACCACAGGCGCGCAAGGAGCCCGAGGAGGGCGCCGAGGCGCCCGCUGAGGACGACAAGGGCGCGUACGAGCGCGCGGGUUACCGCAUUAUUGCGGCCGUCGCCGAGCAGGGCCUUGGCCUCGUCAGUUGGUGGGGCGAGAACGAGGCUGGUGGAGAGGAGGAGGGGUCAGAGGAGGUUGUCGAGGCUGUGGCCGCCGAGUACGAACUCAUCGACGAGAAGGCGUAGGGUGGGCGAGGCGAUAUGCGUGCUGCGCCCCUAGAGGCUGGUGAUGAUACCAGCGUGUGACACUAGAAAUGCAUACUGUAAUCAGAG